GCAAGCAACCAAGCCGUCACAAGGGAUGUGAGAGAUGUGAACGUGAAAAUGGCCGCUGGAAGAAGCGCUGCAGGCCAGGAAAUUAAACAACACUUUGCCACUAAGGAGGGCUGUUAUCGACUGCUGGAUUUGUCGGUUUAUUCGAGACCCACGAAAAUCCCUUAUUCGGCUCAACAGUGUCACCCAGUGCGAGUGUCGUUCGUUACAGUAAAGGACCAAGGUGGUUGUAAUGAGCGAAUCGCGUUCAACGUUGGUAGAGAACUGUACUUUUACAUCUACAAAGGAGUGAGAAAGGCUGCAGAUCUUACAAAGCCUCUAGAUAAACGGCUAUACAAAGGAACAAUCCCAACAUGUCAUGAUUUCAAUUUGUUGACGCGGUCAGCUGAUAGUUUGGAAUUGUUGAUUGGGUUUUCUGCAGGACAAGUGCAGCUCCUUGAUCCAAUUAAGCAUGAAGUCAACAAACUUUUUAACGAAGAGAGACUGGUGGAUAAAACAAAGGUUAUGUGCCUGAAAUGGAUUCCUGGAUCAGAAAAUUUGUUUCUUGUGGCCCAUGAAAGUGGCAACAUGUUUGUCUACAACAAAGAACACCCACCUGGGAUAGGGCCUCCUCAGUAUGCACUUAUGAAACAAGGACCUGGAUAUUCAAUUCACAGUGGAAAAUCCAAGACUCCUCGGAACCCAGUUUGUAAAUGGACCAUUGGAGAAGGCUCAGUAAAUGAGUUUGCUUUUUCGCCAGACUGUAAACACAUUGCAACGGCAAAUCAAGAUGGAUUUCUUCGCAUUUUUGACUUUGAUUUGCAGACUUUGUGUGGUGUAAUGAAGAGUUACUUUGGAGGGAUAAUUUGUGUUUGUUGGAGUCCAGAUGGUAAGUAUAUUGUCACAGGUGGUGAGGAUGACCUUGUGACUGUUUGGUCUUUCCUGGAGAGGAGAGUCAUAGCGCGAGGCAUCGGACACCAUUCUUGGGUUCAAGUAGUUGCUUUUGAUCCAUAUACGACGAGCGUCAGUCCGGAAGGCCGCGUUGAUGACAGUGAUGAAGAGGAAAUUGAGCAAAAUGGGAUUGUUCCAUCAUCUGGUUCUUCUUCUGUUACUGAGGAUAAAAAUGUGACUUCUUAUAGAUUUGGUUCCGUGGGACAGGAAACAAAUUUUAUGUUGUGGGACUUGGGAGAUGAUGUCCUAAAACCUCAGAGACCUCGUGGAAGGAGCAUGCGCACUGCCACACUUUCAAACUCGCAUGGUACUUCAACAUCUUUUGUUUCCAAUGGACCUGUUGUUCAUGAGGUGAAUCACUCUGGCAGUGGUAAUGCUGUCGCACCAAUGUCUUUUGAUGUACCCAAGAGUUUGACACAAGUACAUUCAUUAAGUAAGUCUGUGGAGCAUCUUGUGAAUAUUGGAAGUGUUACUCCUGGCACAGUUUUGUGUCCACGAAUGGAUGAAAUAUCCAUUUUAGAACCUUUGGUGGCAAAGAAAGUGGCAAAUGAAAGAUUAUCAGCGUUGUCUUUUAGAGAAGAUUGUAUUGUCAUGGCUUGCCAUGAGGGAUUCAUCAGAACUUGGGCUCGACCAGGUAAAGUGGGUGUGCAACCUACAGGGACGGUAGUUUGAGUAGUGGAAGUGGUGAAGAUUCAGAAGGAAACGACAACCUAGAUGAAUUACCACACUCGGCAUGUUGAGCAUUCAAUGAACAAUUUUCAUCAUUUCAACUGUUAUUCCAGGAUUUCCUAUGCUGUUGUCUUUUAUUUUCAUUUGUAGAAAGGACUAAUUAAGACCCAGCUGUUCAAAGGGCAGAUAACACUGUCGAACAGAUAAAUCACUAUCCAACAGAUAAUCACUGUCCAAUAGAUAAAUCACUGCUCAACAGAUAAAUCACUAUCCAACAGGUAAAUCGCUGCCCAGGAGAUAAAUCACUGUCCAACAGAUAAAUCACUAUCCAACAGAUAAAUCACUAUCCAACAGAUAAAUCACUGUCCAACAGAUAAAUCACUAUC